AUAAGAUUAUACAAUGAAUCUUUUAAUUUCUAAUAAAAUGAAUUUUGAAACAAGCAUGUUUUUACCUAAAACAAGAAAAAGAGACCAAUACCAAUAUAUUGUGUAAAAAAACUAGGGAACAGUUAAGAAGAAAAGAAAAGCAAUAUCAUAAAGAAGUAGAAGUGAAACAACUUGAAGUGACACAUAGAACACUAGAAUUGGAUGCGAGGACUUCAAAAAACAAUUUGACCCAGUUCCAAGAAUCAGAAGAUGAACAAAAGGAGUUGGUACAAAACACUGAGAAAAUUCAAGAUCAUCUGGAAAAGCAUGAUCAGGAAAAUCAUGAGUUGAAAGAUACAAUACUAAAGCAAGCAAGGGAAAUUAAAAAUCUUCAGGAAAUCCUUUUCAGACUAAGUUCAGUAGAUAUGAAACACCUGCAGCAGCAACAGGAUGACAUUGAGAAAAGGCAAUGUAAAUCGGAGGCAUCGCUGAGAGAGAUGGCACAGUUUUACCUUAAGUUAAACAGCAAGAUGCAGGAUAUAAUGAACAAGUUAGAUGAAAUCAUCAGAAAAUUCCAGGUAUCAGAAAAUCUACACCAAGGAGUGGUAGAAAAUGUAAAGAAGACACAAGAUUAUCUAGAACACUACAAUUCAAGGCUUCAGUCUGAAAUUUUGGAAAUGAAAGAUAUCGUCAAACUGCAUGCUGGCAGUAUUGAAGAGCUGCAGAAAAAUCUGAUAAGACCAAGUUCAGUAGAUGUGAAACACCUGCAGCAGCAACAUGAUGAGCUUCAGCAAAGACAGUCUAAAUCAGAAGCAUCCCUGGAAGAUAUGGCGUGUUUUUACUAUAAGUUGAACAAUAAGACAAAGGAUAUAAUGGACGAGUUAGGUGAAAUCAACAGAAAAUUCCAGGAAGCAGCAGCACUACACCAAGAAGAGGUACAAAAUGCAAGGAAGUUACAAGAUCACCUUGAACACUAUAAUGCAAGGCUUAAAUAUGAAAAUUCAGUAUUAAAAGAUACCAUCAAAGUUCAGGCAAACAGAAUUGAAGAGCAACAGAAGUACCUGAUAAGACCAAGUUCAGUUUCACCGGAUAAUGUAAGAAGAUGUUGUAUGAACUCAGAAACUGAAAUCCAGAAAUUGAAGAAGGAAUUAAGUGACCUCAGGAGACAAUUUAAAGAUGAACAGCAACACAUACUGCUGCUUGCUGAGUUAAAUCAAGCUCUGCAGGACAAACUGGAUGAAGAGAUGAAGAAAAAUGGUGAUUUAGGAGACAAGAUAACUCAGCCAGCUCUCUGCUGUGGCCCAGGAGUGCAGUGGAGGAUGGCCCAAGUGCUUGGGCCCUGCACCCCAGGGGAGACCAGGAGAAGCGCCUGGCUCCUGCCUUCGGAUCAGCAUGGUGCGCCGGCCACAGUGCGCCAGCCGCGGCGGCCAUUGGAGGGUGAACCAACGAAAAAAACAUCAUGUCAAAAAAGUUCAGAGUAUCUAAUGGAGAGUGAUGACAUUUCAAAAAGUAUACAAAAAGAACACAGAAUCCAUGUUGGGAUAUCUACACUCUCCAAAAUGAAAGCUCCUCAGGAAGCCAUUUCUAAAGAAUUGGACGAAUAUAAGCAACUCCUUCUAGAGGGAUUUGAAGAUGUGAGAAGAAAACAAGAUGAGAUCAUUCAGGUUGCAAAAGCUUUUUCAAAGCAAGUAAAUGAAGUUAAUGAAGUAUUAGCAGAGGUCAGAACUAAAAAUUUUCUCCUGGAGAAACAACAGACUGGAACAUUAACCAAGUCUGUUACUACGCAAACUUCAGUAGCUUCACAUAGCGUUGGAAAUUGUGCUAAUAGUUUCUGGCUCAGCAGAGAUCUUACUCCACAACAGAACUUGGAGACUCCUACUUCAGCAACUCAGGCUUCACAUCACAACACUGCAGAGUCUUUGGACACGUUUGCCCUUCAGGAUCUUGACACCUCAACUUCAUGGGGAAGAUCUUUUCAGAACAUUGAACAAUAUAGGAGUCAACAAAAUUUUUUCUUCAUGCCAGAAUAAAGAUGUGGAAAGCACAACACAAUUUAAGUAGCAAACGAGAUGGAGCUACUGAGGAACUUAAAAAGUGACCUAGGAACCAACGAGUCCAGUUUAAGUCAACGUGUAUUUUUAAAAGUGUCAAAAGAAUAUGUACACAUUUUAAAGAAAAAAUAUGCUCUGUAUUACAAACAAUUACUGACCACUGCUAUGUAACACAUUUACCAUUUACUUAUGCUCUUUAUAUUAUAAAAUUUUACUGACCACUGCUUAUGGAACACACCUGUUAUUUCUUUUUAAAUAUAUUAUGUGGGAAAAUCUUCAUUAACUGAAACAUUUAGUGUUAUGUAUCUACAAUUGAAAUUUUGUAUUUCCAAUUUAUAUUUUUUGAAAGAUAGAGAUAGUGGUAAGGGAGGGAGCAAGAAAAAGGGAAAGGGGAAAAGAGGGGGAAAACAGAGAGAUCCCCCUUCCAAUAGUACAGUACCCAUAUAUCUGCAGUGAAAUAUAGGUGGGCUGUGCUGAAGCCAGGAUCCAGGAAUUCAAUUCAGGUAUCCUACUUAUGUGGCAAGGAUCCAAUUACUUGUUCUAUCACUCGCCACUUCCCAGAGUACACAUUAUUGGAAGCUGGAAUCAGGAUGGGAGCCUGGUCUUGCUAGGGAUUCCACCAGGGAUUCAGGAUAUUUCAAACGGCACCUUAACUUCUGUUCCCAAUGGCAGGCCAGUUGCAGCACAUGAAACUGUUUGUUGGGAUGUAUAACUAACUUAGCACAGAUUUUGCAAAUGAAAAGCAGUAUGAUUAACUUUUACAAACUCAAUUGUCCAAAUGGUGGCCAUUAUACAGCACCCAGAAAACCAAGUUGAAUUGAAUACUUUAAUGGGAUUAAUUAAGGGCUUCUUUGUAUUUGCCAAUUUUUGCUACUACAUACAAACCUAAUGAUUUGGAUAGACAUCAUUUUGGUACACUGAUACUCUGGCCAGUGUCAAUACCAUUGCUUGGAUGCAAUAUAAUUUUAUAGUGCUACCAAAAUUAUGUAAUUUUAACUUUAGGCAUUGAUUCAUACACCUUCUUCAUGGAGAAAUUAUGUUUACCUAUGGCUUUCCAUGUUUCCUUUUUAAUUUUUAUUACCUUUUAGGAAACAGUCUUAAAAUUUAAAAAAAAAAUAAGUUUUAGUACAAAUAAUUUGCCCUCUUAAAGAAAGUGAGAGUCAUCUGCUGACAUUAUGCCAUCACCUCUGACUACUUUGGAAUAUAUUUCCUAUAGUUAAGGACAUACUAAAUACAAUAAAACACUCAGAAUCACAAAGUUAACAUUAUUCUGUGUAUCUGCAGAUUUUUUUCCAGUUUUGUUACAUGUCUUGUGAUGUCCUUGAUAAUAAGAGAGUCCCACUCAGAUCCAUGAAUUUCUUUUAGUUGUUGCCUUUCUUAGAUUUCUUCAGUCUGGAGGAGUUCCUUCCUUUUCUUUGACAUUAAUGACCAUGGAUCUUUUGAAGACUAAAUUCCAAUCAUGCAGAAUGUCCCUGAUUGGAUAUUUUCUGAUAUUUCAGUAUAAUUAGGUUAGGAUUAUACACUUUUUGUUAAGGGCAUAACAGAAGGGAUUCUGUGAUCAUUGCAUACUGUCAUGUAACCUACACUUUUGAUUUCUCCCAUUACUAGUGAUGUUGCUGAUGCUGUCUGUUGCAUUUCUCCUGUGUAGUGUUCCCUCUUUUACAUUUCACUUAGUUUUAAUCAGGUUUCGUCAUUUGAGACUAAAUAUCUGUUCUUUCUCAAUUUUUUAUGAUUCAAUUUUUAUGUUUUUUAUUUUUUAGAAAACAUUUAAUAAAUAUAAAUUUUGAAAGUACAACUUUUGGAUUAUAGCUGUUUUUCCCCACAUAACCACCCUUCCAUCCAAAAAUCAUCCCACCUCCUAUUCCCUCUCCCAUCUCAUUCUUCAUUAAGAUUAUUUUUAAUUAUCUUUAUAUACAGAAGAUCAACUUAGUAUAUACUAAGUAAAGAUUUCAACAAUUUGUACCCACACAGACACACAAAGUAUACAGUACUGUUUGAAAAAUAUUUUUACCAUUAAUUCUCAUAGUACAACACAUUAAACACAGAUCCUACAUGGGGAGUAAGUGCACAGGGACUCUUGUUUUUGAUUUAACAAUUGAUACUCUUACAUUUAUGACAUCAGUAAUAACCUGAGGCUCUUGUCAUGAGCUGUCAAGGUUAUGGAAGCCUCUUGAGUUCAAAAACCCCAGACCUUAUUUAGACAAGACCAUAAUCAAAGUGGAAAUUCUCCCCUCCGUUCAGAGAAAGGUACCUCCUUCUUUGAUGGCCCAUUGUUUCUGCUGGGCUCUCACUCACAGUGAUCUUUCAUUUAGGUCAUUUUUUGCCACAGUGUCUUGGCUUUCCAUGCCUGAGAAACUAUCAUGAGAUUUUUAGCCAGAUCUGAAUGCCUUAAGGGCUGAUUCUGAGGCCAGAGUGCUGUUUAGGGCAUUUGCCAUUGUAUGAGUCUGCUGUGUAUACUGUAUACUGCUUCCCAUGUUGAGUCAUUCUCUCCUUUUUAAUUCUAUCAAGUAUUAUUAGCAGACACUGGUCUUAUUUAUGUGAUCCCUUUGACACUUAAUACUAUCUUUAUGAUUAAUUAUGAACGUAAACUGAUCACUUUAACUAGUAAGAUGGCAUUGGUACCUGCCAACUUAAUGGGAUUUGGAGUCCAUAGCACGUUUUUAGCUUUACCUUUAGGGGUAAGUUCAAGUGAGCCUCUGCCGAACUGCACAUCUCUUCCCUCUCAUUGCCAUUCUUAUUUUUAACAGGCAUAAAUUUUCAGUUGGAUUCUAACUGCUAAGAAUAAUUGUGUGUUAAAUAAAGAGAUUGAUCAAUGGUAUUAAGUAGAAAAAGAAAAUACUAAAAAGAAUAAAAUAGUAAGUUUUUCCUUGACAGUAAGGACACGGGCUGAUCAAAUCACUGUUCCUCAUAGUGUCAGUUUCACUUCCACCAUUUUCUAUGUAGGUGCUUGGUUAGUUGUCACAGAUCAGGGAGAACAUAUGAUAUUUGUCCCUUUGGGACUGGAUUAAUUCACUCAGCCUGGUGUUUACCAGAUUCCUCCAUUUUGUUGCAAAUGACUGGAUUUCAUUUUUUUUAUCGAUGAGUAGUAUUCUACAGAGUACAUAUCAAAUAAUUUCUUUAUCCAGUCUACUGUUGAUGGGCAUUUGGGUUGAUUCCAUGUCUUAGCUAUUGUGAAUUGAGCUUCAAUAAACAUUGAGGUUCAGACAACUCUUUUAUUUGCCAAUUUAAUUUCCUUUGGGUAAAUUCCAAGGAGUGGGAUGGCUGGGUUGUAUGGUAGGGUUAUAUUCAGGUUUCUGAGGAAUCUCCAGACUGACUUCCAUAGUGGCUUUACCAGUUUGCAUUCCCACCAACAGCAGGUUAGUGUCCCUUUUUCCCCAAAUCCUCACCGACAUCUGUUGUUGGUAGAUUUCUGUACAUAAGCCAUUCUAACUGGGGUGAGGUGAAACCUCAUUGCGGUUUUGAUUUGCAUUUCCCUGAUGGCUAGUGAUCCUGAUCAUUUUUUCAUGUGUCUGUUGGCUGUUUGGAUUUCUUCUUUUGAAAAAUGUCUAUUGAGGUCCUUGGCCCAUCUCUUGAAUGGAUUGUUUUGUUGUUGUGGCGUUUCUUGAUCUCUUUGUAGAUUCUGGUUAUUAAUCCUUUAUCAGUUGCAUAAUUUGCAAUUAUUUUCUCCCAUUCUGUUGAUUGCCUGUUCACUUUAAUGACCUUUUCUUUUGCAGUACAGAAACUUCUCAAUUUGAUGUAAUCCCAUUUGUUAAUUUUGGCUUUGUCUACCUGUGCCUUUAGGGGCUUUUCCAAGAAGUCUUUGCCUGUGCCUAUAUCUUGCAGAGUUUCUCCGAUGUUCUCUAAUAAUUUGAUGGUUCCAGGUUUUGGUUUUGAUCUUUAAUCCAUGUUAACUGAAUUUUUGUAUAAGGUGUAAGGUAGGGGUUUUGCCUCAUACUUCUGCAUGUGGAAAUCCAGUUUUCCCAGCACCAUUUGUUGAAGAGACUGUCCUUGCUCUAGGAAUAGGUUUUAGCUGCUUGAUCAAAUAUAAGUUGGUUGUAGAUGUUUGGACUGAUGUCUAGUAUUUUUACUCUGUUCCAUUGGUCUUGCCAUCUGUUUCUAUAUCAGUACCGUGGUGUUUUGAUUAUAACUGCCCUGUAAUCUGUAGUAUGUCUCGAAAUCUGGUAUUGUGAUGCCUCUGGCUCUGUUUUUGUUGUAUAAGAUUCUCUGGCUAUUCGAGGUCUCCUGUGCCUCCAUGUGAAUUUCAGCAUCAUUUUAUCCAGAUCUGAGAAGAAUAUCUUUGGUAUUUUGAUUGGUAUUGCAUUGAAUCUAUAAAUUGCUAUUGGAAGAAUGGACAUUUUGAUGAUAUUGAUUCUUCCAAUCCAUGAGCAUGGAAGAUUUUCCCACUUUUUGGUAUCCUCUUCUCUUUCUUUAAAGUUUUGUAAUUCUCAUCAUAGACAUCUUUGAUAUCCUUAGCUAACUUUUUUCCAAGGUAUUUGCUUUUUUAUUGUUGCUGUUUUGAAUGAGAUAGAUAGAAGUUCUUUCUCAGCCAUGGCAUUGUCUGUUUAUAGAAAAGAUGUUGAUUUUUGUGCAUUGAUUUUAUAUCCUGCUACUUUGCCAAACUCUUCUAUGAGUUCCAAUAGUCUCUUAGAGGAAUUCUUUGGAUCCCCUAAAUAAAGGAUCACAUUGUCUGCAAAGAAGGAUAAUUUUAAUUCUUCCUUCCCAAUUUGUAUCCCUUUAAUUUCUUUUUCUUGCCUAAUGGCUCUGGCUAAAACUUCCAGUCCUAAACUGAAUAGCAAUGGUGAGAGUGGGCAUCCCUGCUAGUAACAGAUCUGAAAUGUUUCCAACUUUUCCCUAUAUGGUAUCAGCCUUGGAUUUUUCAUAAAUUACCUUGAUUGUGUUGCAGAAUGUUCCUUUUAUACCCAAUUUGUUUAUGUUUUCAUCAUGAAAGGGUGUUGUAUUUUAUCGAAUGCUUUCUCUGCAUCUAUUGAGAUAAUCAUAUGGUUUUUCUUCUGUAGUUGGUUAAUGUGGUGUAUCGCCUUGAUUGAUUUGCGAACGAUGAACCAUCCCUGCAUACCAGGGAUAAAUCCCACUUGGUCUGGGUGGAUGAUCUUUCUGAUGUGUUGUUGCAUUCUAUUAGCCAGAAAUUUAUUGAGGAUUUUGACCUCUAUCCAUCAGGGAAAUUGGUCUGUAAUUCUCUUGGCUGCAUCUUUUUCAGGUUCAGGAAUUGAGGUGAUUCUGGUGUCAUAGAAAGAAUGUGGGAGGAUUCCCUCUCUUUCAAUUGUUUUAAAUAGUUUGAGGAGAAUUGGAGUUAGUUCUUCUUUAAAUGUCUGGUAGAAUUCAGCAGUGAAUUCGUCUGGUCCUUGGCAUUUCUUUGUAGGGAGGGCCUUUAUUAAUGAUUCAAUUUCUGACUUGCUUAUGAGUCUGUUUAGGUUUUCUGUGUCUUCAUAGUUCAAUUUAGGUAGGUUGUAUGUGUCCAGCAAUCUAUCCAUUUCUGCUAGAUUUCCCUGCUUGUUGGCAUACAACUCUUUGUAGUAAUUUCUGAUGACUCCUUAUUUCUGUGGUGUCUGUUAUGACAUUCCCUUUUUCAUCUCUGAUUUUAUUGAUGUGGGUCUUUUUUUUUAAGCUAGUUGGGCCAAUGGGGUGUCAGUUUUGUUUAUUUUUUCAAAAAAACAGUUCUUAAUUUUGCUGAACUUUUGUAAUUUUUUUUUAUUCAAUCCUGUUGAUUUCCUCUCUAAUUUUAAUUAUUUCUCUUCUACUAGUUUCUGGUUUGCUGCAGUUUUUCUAGAUCCUUGAGAUGCAUUGAUAACUCAUUUAUUUGGUGCUUUCCAAUUUCUUGAUGUAGGCACCUAUUGAUAUAAACUUUCCUCUUAACACUGCUUUUGCUGUAUCCCAUAAAUUUUGAUAUGUUGUAUUGUUAUCAUUUACUUCCAGAAAGUUUUGAUUUCUCUUUUUGAUUUCUGUAUGACCCACUGUUCAAUUUGGAGCAUGUUGUUCAGUCUCCGUGUGCUUGCAUAUGCUCUGGAGAUUCCUGAGUUGCUGAUUUCUAGCUUUAUUCCAUUGUGGUCUGAGAGAUGCAUGUAUGAUUUUGAUUCUUUUGAAUUUGCUAAGACUUGCUUUAUGGCCUAGUAUGUAGUCAGUCCUAGAGUAGGUUCCAUGUACUGCUGAGAAGAAUUUAUAUUCUUUAAGUGCAGGAUGAAAAGUUUUAUAGAUAUCUGUUAGAUCCAUUUGGUCUAUAUGUCAAUUAAAUCUACUGUUUCUUUGUUGAUUUUCUGUCUGGUUGAUCUGUCCUUUGCUGAAAGUGAAGUAUUGAAUUCCCCCACUACUACUGUAUUGGAGUCUUAGUCUCCUUUCAGUCUCUUAACAUAUCUUUUAAAUAUCCCGGUGCCCUGUAACUAUGUGCAUAAAUGUUUAUAAUAGUUACAUCUUCCUGUUGGAUUGAUCCCUUAAUCAUUAUAUAGUGUCCCUUUUUGUUUUCUUUUAACAGUUUUGUUGUUAAAGUCUAUUUUGUCUGAUAUUAAGAUGGCUAUGCCAGCUCAUUUUUCAUUUUGGUUGGCAUGGAAUAUCUUUUGCCAACCUUUCACUUUCAGUCUGUAUGCACCUUUGUUGGAAAGAUGUGUUUCUUGUAAGCUGCAAGUAGAUGGGUUUUGUUCCUUAAUCCAUUCAGCCAGUCUGCAAAUUUUGACUGGAGAGUUGAAGCUAUUUACGUUCAUUAUGACUAUUGGUAAGUAGUGACUUGCCCUAUCAUUUUUCCAAAGAUAUUUCUAAUAUAUAUUUGAACUUCCUGUAAUCUUUUACUGAGAGAUUUUUUUUUCCUUUACCUUCUUUCAUGUUGAUGACAGUGUUUCUGUGUGUAACACAUUUUAAGCAUUUUUUGCAGGGCUGAAUGAGUGGUGACAAAUUCUUUCAAUUUCUGUUUGCUAUGAAAGGUCUUUAUUUCACCUUCAUUCACAAAUGAGAGCUUUGCAGGAUAUAACAUUCUGGGCUGGCAGUUUUUUCUGUUAGUGCUUGGGCUAUAUCUCGCCAUUUCCUCCUAGCCUGUAGGGUUUCUGAUGAGAAGUCUGCUGUGAGUCUAAUUGGAGAUUCUCUGAUGGUAAUCUGGCAAUACUCUCGCACAUUUUAGAAUCUUUUCUUUAUGUUUCACUGUGGUGAGUUUGAUUACAAUGUGUCAUGGAGAGUAUCUGUCCUGGUCCUGUCUAUUGGGAGUUCUGUGUGCUUCCUGUACUUGAGGUCUCUUUCUUUCUCCAAACUUAUGAAGGUUUCUACUAGUAUCUCACUAAAAAGGCCUUCUAAUCCUUUUUCUCUCCGUGCCUUCAAGAAGUCCCAGAACCCAAAUGUUGGGUUUUUUAAUAGUAUCCUGUAGAUUCCCAGUAAUAUUUUUUAGAUUUCUAAUUUCCUCUUCUUGUCUUUGGUUUGACUGUAUACUUUGCUGUGCUCUGUCUUCUAAGUCUGAUAUUCUCUCUUCUGCCUCACUGAUUCUGUUUUUAAGACUCUCAACUGUAUGUUUUAUUUGUUCUUCUGAAUUCUUCAUUUCAUUUUGAUUUCUCUUCAAUAUCUCAAUUCCAUGUUCUAUUGGAUUCCUCAUUUCAUUUUGAUUCUUCCAAAGAUUUCAUUUUCUUGAGAGAGAUUUUCUUUCAUGUCCUGCAUGGAUUUCAGUAGUCCAUGCAUUUGUUUUUGAUUACUUCUAAGUAUUCUAAUCAUCAAAUUUUUGAGUUCCAUUUAUUGCAUUUCUUCUUUCUCAUCGACUUCAUAAUCUUGUAUUGAAGUGUCAUGUUCUUUUUUUUUUUUUUUGACAGGCAAAGUUAGACAGUGAGAGAGAGACAGAGACAGAGAGAACGGUCUUCCUUCCAUUGGUUCACCCCCCAAAUGGCCACUAUGGCCAGCAUGUUGUGCCGAUUCGAAGUCAGGAGCCAGGUGCUUCCUCCUGUUCUCCUAUGUGGUUGCAGGGCCUAAGCACUUGGGCCAUCCUCCACUGCCUUCCCGGGCCACAGCAGAGAGCUGGACUGGAAGAGGAGCAUCCAGGACAGAACCGGCACCCCAACCAGGACUAGAACCCGGAGUGCCAAUGCCGCAGGUGGAGGAUUAGCCUAGUGAGCCACGGCACUGGCCAAGUGUCAUGUUCUUUUAGGAGUAUCAUAUUGUCUUCCUUAUUCUUAUUUUUUGGAUUGUUCCAAUUGUGGUUUGGCAUUUGUGGAGAUACUCAUUGAUUUCUUCUUCUCCCCCCCCCCACUUCAGUGCCUUUUAUUGUUUUACAAUGACUUUGUAGAUAAUUGGACUGUCUGAAUCUCUAGAGGCUUGUGGUGUGUGUGGCCAGAGAUCUCUGUUCAGUUUUUCAAGAUUAAGGGCAUGCCUAAGGUGACACCCCCAGGUUUGGCAUGGUAAAUCUUCCCUCCCUUUUAUUUUUUAAUCAAAUGGGAAGCAAUUCUGCUCAGCUGAGCUCUUCUCCUCGAUGGCAAUCAGUGCCUGAGUGCUAGCACGAUUGGGCAUAAUAUUCAUCUGCUCUGUUCCAAGGACCACGCAAAGGAUCUGUUCAGUCCUCAGUGUAAGUUCAUAUUCCCCUGCAAUGUCUCUCCCGGGUAACCAGAGCUGUCUGAGCUUGCAGCAUCUGCCAAUGAGACUCAAAGUCUCAGCCACACCUUGAGUUCUCCCACACACCCUCAGGUUUUUUUUCCCACAGUCCCAGUUCAGAAGCAUCACACAGUCACAAGUUCCUAGCCGCCUGUUAUUUCUCCCUACCAGAGUCGAGUCUCCACUCAGCUGAUUGCUGGUUGCAGCCCAGAGCUGGAACAGCUGUUACAUAUGUCCAAAAUGGCGCUUACUCUGUUGGCUCCUAUGUCUUUGUAAGGUGAUUUGAGAGAAAUGUGUCUGUACUCUCCCUUUUAUUUUUUAUCUCCUCUAGUUAGGCUAGUGUACUUUCCCCCACAGGGCUUCAAGCCUCAUUCCCUCUAGGCCCUUCCUGCUGCUUGUUGGCCAGUGUCUCAGGCUACUGCAGUCUCAUCUCACCUCACUUUCCAGUGCUGGUGCCUAGCCUCUCAGCUAUUUGAAUUCCAAGCUAUGGGUGCCCAAGCCCUCCAUGUAGGUCCACUGUGUCCCUCUAAUUACAGAAGAGUUUCCUCUGCCAUUUUUUCCCUGACUCUUCCCUUAGACUACACUAUCUCCACUUUUAUUAAACUAUCUUCAUCUGGGCUAGAUCAGUAAGCUCCCUGCCAAUUCUGAAAUCUUGGAACCGACAGACAAGCUUCCUUAAUGCAUGUGGUCUCAGUGCAGCAUUUUAAGAGCUCUCAAAUUUUCAACAUAUUUUUUUACUUCUAUCAGUAUAAAUCCAUGGGCUUUUUUUUCCCCCAAGGGUUCUAUAUAUUGACAGUUUGUUUCCUACCAGUUCCUGGAGGUAUUUUAUUUUAUUUUAUUUUUAUUUUAUUUUAUUUUUCUGCUCCUACUCCUAGAACAAUAAUGAGAAAAAGUGAAUAUUAUAGGUAUUAAUGUAUCAUUGAAAUUUCAAAGGGAAAUAGUAUAUAUAUGUUGUAUUUGGGAUUUUUGUUUUGUUUGAUUUUUGUAGAUAGUCUUUAUUAGUGAAUUAGUAUUCUAUUGAUGUAUAACAUCAUCACAAAAUUACUUUCUCAAAGUCACAUGCAAUUGUAAUCUCAUAUUUUGUCUGAGUCCAUUCCUAGUGGCUAGUCCCAGUUCUUGACCUUGAGGACUACCUCCAAUCACUUUGUUCAUUCAGGAAAGACAGUUUGUCACCUAUGAUUUUUAAAUCUGGAUAAUCCAUUAUAACCUACUUUUGUACUAACUUUUUUUAAUUAAUGAUUUUGGAAUUGUAAAACAUCUUCAAAACUCUUCACAAUUCCCAUACUGUAAUCAUCAGAGGGAAGUCACAGAUCAUGCUCACACUCAGCAGAAGCUUACACAACUUGAGAAUACUAAGAGACAGAAACGACUGUCGCCACACUCUCAAGUGUCCACCUCAGCUACAUGGAGGAAGUUCCUUGAUCACAGUAGUUUUUUAAAUUCUUAUCACAAGUGAAGGUUAAAUUUCAUAAGAUGUUUAUUUUGCAUAAAUGUAGAUUUGUUUGAAAAUAGAAUUAGAGUUAAGCGAGGAUGGCUAAGAAAUGCAUCUUUGAUCAUCUUCAUGGAGUUUUAAAGAUUUGGUAUCCGAACUUCUGUUAAUGGUGGCUGGAAUCUCAAGGGUCUUAGGACUGAAAUGUCUGAGGCUCUGAACACCUCUUUGCUUUACCCACAGCAGAUUGGGAAAAAGAACAGUCUGUUUCUUUCACUCUGACACCAGUCAGCUUUUUGUGCUUUCUCGGUGAUCAGUGGAUUGUUAAAACUCAUCCAGCUUUCUAGACUUGCUACAGUUUGAACUGAAGUGUGUUUAUGUAUGAUACUAAAGGAAACACACAAGCCUGAAAAUACCCUGUCUGGAAAUAAUGAGACCUUGAAGAGACAUUAAUUAACUUCCUAUUUUAAUCUGUGGCAUCUAUGUAGCUUCUAAGUUCUUUUAAAGAAGAUUUAUUUAUUUAUUAUCUAUUUAGAAGAGCCAUAGCUCCUUGAAGUUCUUUCCCAACAAAGCUUAAAUCUGUCAAGUCUGAUUUGUAAUCAAUUACAAAUGUGACGUGGACAGAAAGAUACAUAAGGAAUUUAAAAAUCAAUAUUUGUAUAUCCUUAGUGUUUCAGCACAUCUUCUCACAGCUUAAUUCUUUUAUUACAGCUGAAACUGAGACCCUAAAUAAUGCAUUGAAUUUUUAUACCAUCAGACCCCUGUCUCUAGCCUUCCUUCCUUACAUUAACUCACUGAAUUGAGGGACUUUAAUAGCCAGCCCUGGAAGGUUAUAAUCAGAUAGCACCUUAAUGACUGGAAUAGACUCAAGGAGUUUCAUUUAGGGGAAUUUUAGGCCCAGAGCAAAAAGCACUGAAGCCCACUGGCCAUCCAAACCCUGGUCUGAAGAGUUUGGCAUUACUGACUAGUGAGGAACUUCAGCAUGAUCUGAGCCUGUUACUAGAUGAGAUAACCACUGUGACUCCAGCCAGCCCCUUAUUGCCCAGCUGAAGAACAACAUACAGCUGUCCCUAUUCUACUCUCCUAAUAUUCUGACUCCCACCUUCUUACAGCCUCCUUUUAAAAAUUCCAAAACACCCUUAUCCAGCACAUUGGUAGUUCUGGAGUUAGAAGUCUUCUACCCCCUCAUCUGUUGAUAGACUGAACGGUAUCUUUUCCUACCCUCACAUCUUAUCAGUAUUUUGACUGAGCACUGGAAACAGGAACCAAGAACAUUCAGAAAUGGAAAAUUUUGGCAAAUGUGGCAGAUAUGUUCACACCCUUGUUGCUGCCAGGUGCCAAUGGAUAGAUGGAUAGAACAAUUGGCUGUGGCAAUGCACCAAGGUGUACCCACUCAAGCUGUUGGAGGAGGGAGAGGCCACUUCAGUCGGUGUUAACAGUCCCUGCUUUUGAGGUUUUGCCUUCUGGGGGAAACAGGGACAAUCCCAGCAGCUGCCAGAGCCACUUGUUGCCCUGGGGAAAUUCAUAUAUUAUGUUCCAUCUUUGUUUUUGUGGUUUCAAAAAUAUUUAUGUUAAAGACAGAGUAAAAGAGAAAGAGAGAACUUCCAUCUGAUGAUUCACUUUCCCAAAUGGCUGAAAAGGCCAGGGCUGGGCCAGGCCAAAGCUAAGACCCUAGAACUCCGCUGGCUCUCCCUUAUGGGUGCAGAGGCCACUGUACAUGGGCCAUCUGCUGCUGCUUUCUCAGGACCAUUAGCAGGGGGCUGAAUCAGAAGUGUAACAGAACUUGAACUGCUGCUCAUAUGGGAUGCCAGCAUUGCAGGUGGCUGCUUCAGCCACUGCGCAUCACUGCCAGCUGUACCACGGUUCUUUUAAUCUGUUUUCCUUUCAUCAUUUUGGCCAUCUUCUAGAAUGUAGUUUAAUUGCGGACUUUAUUCCGUGGCUUUCAGGUCAGUUCCUGCAUGCUCUUUUCCUCCCCAGUUCUGACUCUAGUAUGAUUGGACAGCAAAUUUUUAUCUUAAAAUCCUAGAUGACAGGAUAACUUGAUUUCUAUACUAGUGGUUUUACCCCCUUGGUACCUGGCCAAGAAAACCACUUGUGUUUCACUAAGGUAAUUUCUUGUGUUCUUUGCUUUCUGUGUUGAAUUCUCAUUGUUUGCAAAGAGCUGAGUGUUAAUAAGGAAGAUUGCUUUGGGUGUUUACUCAUUUUCCAAUAUUUGGUGAUCACUAUAAGUAUGACUACAUCAGGCCUGUAACUGAUUAACUCACUCUAAGUGGGUGGAUAUUAUUUCACAAUGAAAAGUGUCCUUAUUUUGAACAGUUACUUUGAGGGACUCCUUCCCAUCACUGGCCCAGAGAUUGAAUAGGGACAGUUUCAUAAACCUGUCAGAUAUGUUCUGAGACAUUGUAUCAACAAUUCUGAUUCUUCUCUAAAACCCUAAGCAGUGUUCUUAAAUACAGAUUUCAGACUGCUUUAAAAUCAACGGAAUAGGUAAGAAUGUCCAAAACUUGGGGGGAAAAUCCUGGAACACCUAGAAAGUAUCUAAUGUAAAACAGGACAAAAGUUAAUCAGACUAAAUGAAUUAAUGACAUCUGGGGAUUUCCAUCUUUCAUUUAAAGUGUUGUUGGUUCUAAUAUUUCAAUGUUUCACCUUCUAGGUUCAGGAAAACUGUUCCCGUGAUUUCAGUGGUUUACUGUAUUUUGGUAAAGUGUUGUUCUGUAACCAGAGAAGAAGUGUUUACUUUCUACUCCCUCCACUUAAUUGCUCUAACAUUCAAAAAUUUUUAUAAAUAUGGUAUAUGUGGGGGGGGGCAAUGUGAUUGUCUUCAUGAAUUCAUCAGAAUCUGUUCCAAUAACAGAAUAUAUUUGGAAACAUUGGCAUAUCUAAAUCUCAUGCAUAAAAUGCCUGGCUUGUAGGGUCUUCAGUCUUGCACUGAGUAAAUGGACUUCUCGAAUAUUUUAGCAGAUCCAAAAAUUUCAAAAUACUAGACACUGUAGCUUUAAAAAAAUCUAGUUUUGUCAUAGAUUUGCCUUUUAACUUGGAGAAUUUUCCAAGUGUGAGAUUAUAUGUCAAAGGAAAUUUAGUUACUGUAUUUAAGGCAAAUAGCCAAUCCACAAACUAUAACAUACCUGCUUGUAGACUGUAACUCUGUUCAUUGUUUUUAGACUGCUAACUUGGAGAGUUUUCUGGGUCUGAGACUAACAUGGAUACUCAACCUUUCAUGCUGUACUUACAUGAAUUGUCAGUUAUCAUGUCUACUAUUUGAUUGUAUCUCUAUUCACUAUUUUUAAGAUGUCAACCUGAUUUAUCUUGUGCUUGGUGUUUUCCUAUUUGAGUUGUGUGCCUACUGCCUGUAAGAAGUCUACAGAAGUACAAUUCUCAGCAGGAUAAUGCCUGGCACUUUGAGGUGAUGAUUUGCACCUACAGAAUAAACAAAAGUUACAGAUCGGGAACUCUUCGUGUAUCAAAACAGCUUCACAGGACAGGAAAAUCAAGGGUUGGAUAUGAAGUAGUAACUCUCCCAGAAACUGCAGAAUCAAUAGCACUGCCACAAGGGAGAGGAAUGCUAGUGUGUCAUCAUUGUGGAAUGAGGAGGCACCUGCAAGAUAAAGCUGUGCAAAGAUAAACUGGGCCAGAAUCUAUCAUGGUUCACUUCACAUGCAGCUGUCCAUAUUCUUUGAUCCCCUAUUCCUGAUUCUUCCUUCCUUGUAGCCUCCUUUAAAAUCCCCAAAUCAUCCUCUUUCAGCAGGGUUCCAAAUACUGGGACAGAAGUAUGCUAUACUCUAUCUUCAAUAGAUUAAAUUAUCUAUUUCUUUUAUGCUUAAA